UGUGUCAGUUGAGGGUAGAAACCCACUGCGAAAUGCAGAUCCAUCUUCAAGCGGCGGUUGAAUAUACUAAAAGCGUCAAACUGUGAGCUAUAUCUUUAUGCUCCGUUAAAGAUUAUCUGUCACCUCGCUAAAGAUUUCCUUCUCCGCCUCCUCAGUGAUUUUCAUCUUAUUUUGAGGAUGUCUGUGGCGGGGUUUAAGAAACAGCUGCACAAAGCCAGUCAGUUGCUGAGCGAGAAGAUAAGCGGCGCUGAGGGGACCAAGCUCGAUGAAGACUUUAUGGAAAUGGAGCGGAAAAUAGAAGUCACCAACAAGUCCGUUUUUGACCUUAUAACCAAAACCACAGAAUACCUCCAACCAAACCCAGCAUCGAGAGCCAAACUGGGAAUGCUGAACACGGUGUCUAAAAUCCGAGGGCAGGUGAAGUCGACGGGCUAUCCUCAGACCGAAGGGCUCUUAGGAGACUGCAUGCUGCGAUACGGACGAGAGCUGGGGGAGGAGUCGACUUUCGGCUGUGCACUGGUGGAAAUCGGUGAAGCCAUGAAGCAGAUGGCCGAUAUUAAAGACGCCCUCGAUAUCAACGUGAAACAGAACUUCAUCGAUCCACUACAGACCCUUCAGGACAAAGAUCUCAAAGAGAUCGUGCAUCACCUGAAGAAGCUGGAGGGUCGACGGUUAGAUUUCGACUAUAAGAAGAAGCGUCAGGGCAAGAUUCCCGAUGAGGAGAUCAAACAGGCUGUGGAGAAGUUUGAGGAGUCCAAAGAACUCGCCGAGAGGAGCAUGUUCAACUUUUUGGAGAACGAUGUGGAGCAAGUGAGUCAGUUAUCAGCUCUCAUUGAGGCCGCACUGGAUUACCAUCGACAGUCCUUAGAGAUCCUGGAAGAACUUAACGGCAAAUUACAAAACAGUAUAGCUACGACAAGCAGUCGGCCCAAGAAAGAGUUCAAGCCAAAGUCGAUCAUGUCCAGUCUGGAGACGGUCCAGAAUCAACACAAUGGACUGUCCCACACCUCAUCUGUCAAAACCACAGAUAUUCAAGUCAACCACACUGUAAAUGGAAAAACUGAUUAUUUCACCCACACAAUAAGUCAAACAUGGCCUGAAAGCCCCAACGGUAAUACCUGUAGCACACAAAUAGAGACACACAUGGACCAGCCCUGCUGUCGAUCUCUGUACGACUUCGAGCCGGAGAACGAGGGCGAGCUGGGCUUUAAAGAAGGUGACAUCAUCAUCCUCACCAAUCAGAUCGAUGAGAACUGGUACGAAGGCAUGAUCAACGGCGAAUCGGGCUUCUUCCCCAUAAACUACGUAGAGGUACUGGUGCCUCUCCCUCAAUGAGCCAAUCAGAGCCAGGACGCCAAACCGGACUGUAUCGAGCAUCCGUUGUAUCACCCAACAUCCCCUGCUGCAUUCUCACCAAUGAAAGCCUUGUGUUUCGCCACAGACUCUUUUAAAACCUUCAGUAUUUAUUUUGUACUGUUUUACAGUCCUCAUGGUGCAACAUCACCGCAAAAAGUUGUUUUCGUCUCGUUUUCCAGUUAAACAAAUGACGAAACAUCCUUAAAAUAAGAUGCAGUUAAGUGACUGAGAAUACGUCUUGAAUUAAGGUCAUUUUCUUAUUGUUAGAUUUAUAUAUUUUUUAUAUUUAAACAAGAAAAAAUGGGAAAGUGAUAAGAGUAAUUACUAAAAAGGGUCAUGUAAAUAAUAAUAACAAAAAAAUGGAUAAAUCAAUGUAAACAACACGACGAUAACGCUAAAUAUAAAUACAUUUUAAGGAUGUUUUUAUGUUUUAACUGAAAAAAGAAGGAUGUGAUUUUUUGCGGCUUUUUGAAUUUAGUUUCAACACAGCCUUCAAUUUAUUUGUUUAUUUAAAUGUGAUGCAUCCAAUGGGGUGUCUGUAUUUUCCUGCUGUUUCCGUACGUCGUCUCGCUGUAAUAUUGGGUUUACCUGCCUGUUGUGGUCUUACGUGUUUUUUCAAACACACUUUUUCUAUAGACUGUGACUAUCUUGACUGCUACUCGUAUGAAUGUCCUCUCUCUCUCUCCGUCUUUGUUUACAUUUGACUUAUUGUGAUCUUAGGAAUCAUAAGUGUCGCGAGUGUUUUAAUGGGCCUUAAAGUGCUUUUUUUGUGCACAUUUUACUUUUGCAUUUAAGAGUCUUUUUGUUUUGGAACAUUGCACUUUCUACUGUAUUUUUUCUGCCAUGUCGGGGAAUACAAAGUUUAUCCGUCUUAUCGUAUGGAGUGGACUUUAUGCUAAGUAUAAAUAUAUAUACAAUAUAUAUACAGUAUAUAUAUAUAUAUAUAUAUAUUGAUAUGAACUUGUACUGUAUGUUAGGGAACCUUUUUGCUUGCCUUGUAAUGGUUUGCCCUACAGUAUAUUCUGUCCUCAGUCGAACCAUCAUGUGCUUAGCGACUGCAUAAGACGGCUUUGGAAUCUUAAUAUCUGGACCAAUUAUGUUUAAACUGACAAAAUGAGUAUCGUUUCCACGUGUCUGUCCACCAGAAAUACACCAGUGUAUUUCAACAAUGUCAAACGUUAUUUUUGUUACUCUCCGCAUUAUGUUUCUCAUGCAUGACAUGGAACUUUGAAUGACUUUUUUGUUUGUAUUGGCGGAGACUGCCGUUGACCAUUACGAAUCUAAAAACCUUUUUAAAUCGUUCCCUGUUCGGCUUCUCUGUCUUUUAUUUUUCUCGUAUUCUUUAGGCCAAACAAAGCUGUCAGAGAGCAAAGAGGGAAAAUUGUUAUUUUGAUUCCAGUAAAGCCGUAGUGUAUGAUUUCUGUCGCUAACGGAACUGCGAAAUGUCGGCUGUGUACUGAAGCUGUGGACUGAACCUGCUGUUUACGGUUCAUUCAACACUGUAUACUGUUUAUAAAUAAAGUAUAUAGGACACAACCGCACCGUGUCCUAUGGUGCGACAGCAAAAAUUGUGAAAAAAAUUGCUGUUUUAUAUUAUAAAUAUUAAUAAUGUAAAAUAAUAUAUUAUUAACUGUUUGUUUUCAAAAUUUUUGCUGUCACACCAUAGGACACACGGACGUUAUAUUUGUUAACUACCUAUAUUCAACUUUAUUUAUAGAUACUGUAUUUAGAUAAAGCAUCGCAAACAAUAGUAUGAUAUGUUCUUGGUUUGACUUAUUAUUACAUUGCACUCAGAAAAGUCAUGUUGGGUUCUUUGCAUUGUGGGAUACAGUGUUCCGCUCACAUGUACAUUGUAGUAUGUCAUUCUAUGCAUUACAGAAAAUGUGCACCUACUAUCUAUCACAAAAAGUCGUAUGAUUCUCGAGAAAAACCCAACGAUUGCCCUUACAAAACGAAGUUUAAGUUUGCUUUAUAAAACUAAUAAUGUGAAAGUGUAUUUCAUGCACUUUAUUACACGUAAGUAUAUUUGACUUAUUUAUUUGACUAUAGUUGAGAUGUCUAAUUUGGUUUAUACUUGUACCCGUUUGAUGGAUAUAUACUUUAAAACUAUUUUAAUUACGAGUCUAUUUAUAAUGAAAAAGUAUACUUUGCUCUUUUGAUAGUUACUUUUUCACAUAGGUUUACGUACUGCCUUAGUUUUCUGGAAGUCUACUUUUUAAUGUACUUUAAUAAACUUAAAAAAUGUUUUACAAGUAUUGAACUAGCACACCAGCAGUAUACCUGUAAGUUCACUUGUAGUAACAUUGCAUGAAAACCGUAGUUUAAAGGUGGUUGUAAAGUGUAAAGUUUACUACCGGUAUGCUUAAAGUAUACUAAAAAGUAUGCUUUUGUAAUCUGAAAAGUGAGACAAUUUAGUCCCAAGUGCUAUUGAAAACAUACACUUAAAAGUAUACUACUAGUCCAUUGAUAUUAGUAUACUUACUACACAAAGUAUAAAAAUAUACUUGAACUUGACUUCUUUUUUUUAAGGGCAUGUUUUCAAAUAGUUUUUCUACGUACUCCCGCAUCCGUCACGAUAGUCCUACAGUACCUCAACUUUGCACAAUGGUUCAAGUCAGAAUUUAAGAUGUUUGGCUUCUCAAACUAACAGGACAAUGUGUUUACACUUUUUGGAAACUUACCAUCCUACAAAUGACUUGACAAUAGUUGACUGCAUUAAACUGGGUUGGAAGAAAGUUUUCAGAAAACAUGAGAUAAAUUACACAAAGCCGCUUUAAAGCAAGCCGCUUCCAGUUUUUUUUAGACUUUACAUUUGACUCUGCACAAAAAUUGGAUGUUUACUUAACACAAUUUUGUUGCAUUUCUGAUUAUGAUUGUGACAAUUAUACGAAAUGUGUUUUCAUAGUUUGAUCGAUGACUUAGAUGUAGAAUAGUUGACUAACCAACAGCAUUCAUACUAAAUUGACACAAAACUGAUGUACAUCACUGACUGAAAAGAAAGCCAGCGAUUUUUUCUUUUUGCUCUCUGGCGUAAUUUAUACAGAAAGUUGUUUAUAUAUGU